GUCUGCUGGCAUGACGGAGUGUCUUCCGCCUCAGAAAUAUGCUUAAAUUAGGCUCUAAAAAGGAUCACGGCAUAGAAUAUAAGUGCACAAUACGUCUAUUAGAUGACAACGAGGUUCUGGAGUGUGAAUUCCAGAGUUAUCAUAAGGGGAAGAUUCUUCUAGACUUUGUGUUCAACAAACUUAACCUUGUAGAAACUGACUAUUUUGCUCUACGAUAUGUUGACCAAAACAAGCAGCGACACUGGUUAGACCCAAACAAGAAUAUUUUGAGACAGAUUAAGAACCUUUCGCCAAUCCUUUUUUGUUUCCGCGUCAAGUUUUACCCAGCAGACCCCCUCCGGCUACAGGAGGAGAUAACACGCUACCAGCUCUUCCUGCAGCUGAGACGUGACCUUCUGCAUGGCCGACUGUACUGCUCCCAGUCAGAUGCUGCCAUUCUUGCAGCGUACACAGUUCAAGCUGAGAUUGGUGACUAUGAUCCAUCCAAGCAUUAUGGGAACUACAUCAGUGACUUCAAGAUCUUGCUCAAGCAAACGCCCAAAAUUGAGGAAAGAAUUAUGGAGCUUCACCCAACACUCAAGAACCACACACCUCUUAUGGCAGAGACUGCAUUUCUCAAGAAAGCUUCGGUGUUGGAUACCUAUGGUGUAGACCCUCAUCCUGUCAAGGAGAUUGACACAGACCACCGUGGGAGCCAGCUGUAUCUGGGCCUCAACCACACGGGAGUCUUGACCUUUCAGGGUUCCCGCAAAACUCACCACUUUAGAUGGGCUGAGGUCCAAAAGCUCAACUAUGAAGGAAAAAUGUUCAUUGUCCAUCUUAUAUUUGCUGAGGAUGCGAGAACAAAGAAAAAGCACACGGUAGGCUUCAAGUGCCCCACUGCCUCAGCCUGCAGACAUUUGUGGAGGUGUGCUGUUGAGCAGAGACUGUUUUACACGAUCAAACCAAGACUAGAAAACUCCAACAAGCAAGGUGUUGUGGUGACUGGGGGUUCAUUUUUCUCUCGUGGCUCUCGGUUCCGCUAUGCUGGGAAGUGUGAAAAGGAAGUUGUGGAAGAAAGCUCAAGUAUCUUACGAGACCCUCCAACAGUAAAUAGGGUGUCCCUCAAGAACAUUGGAAGGUCCACCUCUCUCCCCACCACACCAGCUGACUCUGAUACUUAUGAUGCUGUAAUCAGUCGAGUCCACCGGCCUCUGCCAUACAUAGACCGAAGCAGUAGUUUGGAUGAGGAUGUGUUGUGUGGGGCUGACAUGGGGUCUCAGGACUCAACAGAAGGACUCAACCACAUAAAUGGGGGCUGUGGAGGGCCAGGAGCUGCUUAUUGUCCCGAAUCUACACUGCCACCACUGUCCCUCUUGGAACCUUUGCUUGAGGCUCAGGAGAACAAGUCUCGGUCGUCCUCCAUCCUGGACUCCAGUUUUAUGGACGCUGAGAGUAGUCUUGAGCCAUGCUCGGAGCCCAAAGGGAAGCAGGAAGAGGAAGAACCCAAGCAUAAAGAGGGGGAGAUUACAGAGAACAGUAAGGAGCUGACAGGAAAUGGGGACGACACAGUUCUUCAACAGCAGCUUUAUUAUGACUAUAGUGGGCGGGGCCAUACUAGUGAGUUUGGUGACACGUCCUCAACCGAGACCCUUGGACCUCCCAAUAACCACAGUGACUCCCGGCUGGCCCUCAAGGACAAAGAGGAUCCCUGCCCCUCCAGCCCCAGGAGAAGCAGUUUGGUUCCAGUGGAGAAGGAGAGAUUGAAGGUAUCCCUCCCAUCAGAUCUUGCUCAUAGGGAGGUUCAGAAACUUUUUAAAGAGAGGAUAAAUAAGCUUAGUUUUAAGACAUUUUUAAGAGUUUUUCUGGUAGCUUUUAUUUUUGUGGUUUUCAUUCUCACUUGCUCAGUUAUAAUUGUGUUUGAGAGUGAGUCCAGUCUAUUACAGGGGGUUCGUUCCUCUAGGGAAAUGAUGCUCCUGAGAAUACAGUAUUAUCAACCAAUUGUUAAGUGUAUAAAAACUUGGCUGGGUGUAGAAACCUAGACUAACUUAAUUUCUUAGCUUAACAUGUUAAGUAGGUUCUAAAUUUUCUAGAUGCCCUAUUAUGUGAUGGUAAUGCACGUGUAGUGCUGCACUGGUUGUUGCAAAUUUUCUACAAUGGUUUGAAGUAAUUUUGGAUGUGUCUCAGGUAAGUUUGGAUUUUGGAGAAGAAUAUUUAGGAAUGGGACCAGUCACAGUUAUUGUUUAGGAAAGACGUGUGGAAAAUGGUGAAGACAAGGAAUUUACAAAGGUGAUUACUUUUAGUAGGAUAAUGUUUCACAUAUGUAUGCAAAUGGUGCAUGAUGUGUGUAGUGAAGUGGAAUGUAACAAAAGACAUAAGGUCGAGCUUUUACAAUGAGAUAGCCCAGAAGAUGAUAUAAGUACUUUUAUUAAGUAGUGGUAGUGUUAGCAAUGAUAGGAAGCAUAACAAAGUGGCCAAAGUAUGUAAGAUUUUAGUGAUUGACCAAGAUGAAACCUAGUGUGUAAUGACACAUUUGACUACAGGAACAUCAAUGUUUUUUUUCCAUUGUGAGUGGGUAGGGAGGUGGACCGUGGACAUACAAAGGAAAGGUCAAUGAAGCACUCGCUGUGUCAUAUUAUAAUACAUGACACCAGACAUCAUUACAGAAUAUCUCAAGGUGUACCCUAUCACCUAUAACUACUACUUUUGUAUCCCUAUGCAGAUGCCCCUGUGGGAGCACAUGCUUUGUUAAUUAAUGGUGGGGUCUGGGGACUCUCCUACUUCAUACUGUAUAGGUUAAACCUCAUCAUCUGCUACUCUAAUGUUUAGGUGCACUUAGAAAUGGGAUUUUUUACUGGAUUAUCUGCAAAUAUGUAAAUGGUUGGCCAAUUUACUCUUAAGUGUGGAGGGUAUGCAAGUCUUCCUUUGCCUAACAUCAGCUGUUUGUCUCUUUCUGCUGCUUUUCUUACUUAUUUACAUUGAACCUUGGUGAUACAGAUGAGGUGUAUCUGAAUUGUGUUUCACUCAUUAAUCAUCCUUUGAACCAACAUUUCAUGGGCAACAAAAUUGUUUAGUGGAUGGACCAAAGUAAAUGUAGAGAACUUUGAUCAAAGAGCAAGGUUUAUGAUGUGAACCAUUACAAUUUAAAAAGAAAUAUUGUUAUAAUUUUUUAUUGAAUAGUUGUCCUGUUUUUUUUUAACUUGUCAUAUCAUUAGAUUUAUAAUUAUUCAUAAUUUGUUAAAUAUUUUUUCCAUUUAUUUUAUGAAAUAUUAAUUACCUCUCAUUCAUUUGUUACUAGAAAAUAAGGUGGAAUGUCUUAUUUUAGUAUGUUACUUUUGACAUCACUAAAUAGACCAUUAAGAUGUUAUCCGAGUUUAUCAGAAAAUGGAGGGUGUAAAAGCAGCCAUUAACCUGUGUAGUGGUGAAACACCUUGUUUUCUGGACAGUGCAAACAGGGGAUGUAGGGAAAUGAUUACCAUUAUUUUUAUUGUACUUGUUCUGGUCCCCCUGUGAUGAGAAAAGUUGCAGAGAGAUAUGGAAAGUUCCCUGAAUGUUGUUGAUCCCUUCAGUGAAUGUGCACGAAUGCAGUACAAUGUGAAGGUACAAGAGAGUAUAUUUAACCAACAGAAGUUUGAGGCUUAACUCUGCUGGUAAUCUUUAACCCCUAAGUGACAAAUGACACAGUAAUGCACGUCUCAAGGCUCCAAGGGGUGACACAUGUAUGUGCCAGAUAUUUUUUGUCUAAAAUCAAAUAGAAGCAAGAAAGAAAUAUUUUGAACAACUUUUUUUGUGUGACUUUGUUUGGUAUUCCACACAAAGCGAGGAUGAAGGAGGGAGUCGAUACACCCUCUUCUGAUGCAUGGCUAAGAGCAAAUGCAAAUAAAUUUUGUCCACUUCUAGUAAUCACUGUCUGGCAAGGAAUCACAUAUGCAACUCUUGGGUACAGAGGAAGAAGAUUCCCUUUGAGGCAUGGGGAGAGCAGUGAGGGGCAGAUGGAAGGUGUGGAGGUGUGAGUUGUGGCCAGUGCUGUAUCCAGCAUAAUGAACACAUCAACACCAACCUUGUGGAUUGGCUGAUAUAUUUUCAUUCAGACUUUACUACCUCCUCUAUCAAAAAUAGCAAAUGAGUUACACAAAAGCACCAUUAGGAAGGAGAAGGAUAAGCAAUACUGGAUCUGUAUUUCAGGAGUUAUUAUCCCUAGAAUAAGAGUUAUUUUUCUCAAAAAAAGAAGAAAAAAACUGAAAAUUUCUGUGCCAAAUGCCUAUCGCUUAGGGAUUAUGAAGAAUAUUUGUAAAUAGUAUCCAUGAAGGGCUGUCCAAAAAUGUAAUAGGAAGAUUGUAUUCUUGGAUGUAAAACUUUAUAGCUUGGGAAGAGGAAACACAAGUUAGAGGAGCAUGAGAGAAGAAUGUGUUAAGCAAAAGAAGGUAGAUUGAAAGAUGCAUAAGUUGCAGCAAAACAGAAAUAAAAAAAACUUGGCCUUUAUUUAAGGAGUAUUGUAAUGGGAAAUAUAGAAGAACCCUGCAGUACUAUGUGGGGGAUGAGGAAGGGGUGUGAAUUAUGAACAAAUACAAAUGGCUGCAGCUGGAAAGAAGUGUGGAUAUGAAUUACGACUGUAGAGGAAGAGAGUAGUAGCUGAAAAAGAUCACUGGAUUGAAUGUGAAAGAUGUAUGGCUUUUGGGAAGACAAGUGGAAUGGAUCAAUUAUGUGGUGUUACAGACAAGACAGCAGACAUUUUGCACACUACAAACCCCCAAUAGAGCUACGGUUUUAUUUGGGCGUAUCAACAUAUAGGUUAUUAUUAUGGUAAAUGGUAAUCAUUCUUCCUUACUGGUGUCAAAUGUCAAAAGCAAUUGCUAAUAACUACCACAUAUAGGUAGUGAAAAUAUAUAAUGUUACCCAGUAUAACCCCUUUACUCUUGACAUCAUUUGCUCCUAGCUAAAUUGUUGAGAUUUUCAUCAGGCUAUCAAAGUGUGUUCCUGUUCCUGUGUCUAACCGAAGCCUAUGGGAAAAAUAAAAAUGGUUAAGAAAGUUAUGGCUUUAGUUGAAGGAUUGAGUAACUAGAAAAUAAGAUAGAAUUAGAGACGUGUGUUCAGUAUAUGCAUGUAUUAUCCCUAUGCAAUGAGUAAACAAUGGCAACAUUUUAAGGAUCCAAACUUCCUGCUAUACAUACAACUGGAGGCAGAAGAAAUGGUGCUAUAUGAUGCCUGAUGUAGAAAAUAUGAUGGCAAUAUAAAAUGUCAACUGAGAAUGGAAUAAACUACUAAAAUAAUGAGGAGCAAAUGACAUGAAGUGUGGGAUUAGAAGGUACAAGCCCUUGGUGGCAGUUUCUACCAGUCAUAUUUUUAUUCUGGCACUUAAAAGGAUGAAGGAUAUCCAGUAGUGCUUCUUUUACCAUAUCAUUCCUUAAGGUUGAUAAGCCAAUUUAAUUGUAAUAUUAGUGUUGGGUUUUGUUAAGUGUGAUGAUGUCUUUCCCGGUGAGUACAGAUGCAAGGACAAAAAAAUGUCUAGAGCAUGGAAGAGGAAUAAAGCAAUUGUGAAGGUUUGAAUGGGACAGUUUUGAAGUUCCCCUUGGUUUCCCUUGCAUUGGAAUAGAUAUGUAUGUGAAAAGGAGAUAGGUUGAUAACAUAGAUGGGGUAAUCCAGUUCUGCUAAUGGAUUGUAGGUAGAUGUACAAAUGUGGUCCAUAAGGAUUUGUUCUCCCUCUCUCAUAGAUUCUUAAGGUGCUUUUUAAUUUACAAUGCAUGAGAAAUAGAGUCAAAACCAUUGUGAAAUUGCUAAAACUUUAUGGUAAGUUUUGUCAAUUGAAUUGGCGAGUUUUAGCACCUUCAUGACGACAGAGCAGCUUUGAUCUUUCUGCUUGCAGCCGAGCAGCACUCUAGUUGCUUGUAGACAUCUAUCAAGGUUGGUUCUGUAUGUACAUGUUGCAUGUGAGUCUGCUUGAAUUCAUGUGAUUAUAGCUGGGUUUUGUGGCUUUGCUGCUGUUAUAUGACCUCUACCAGUGUCAAAACCAUGCAAGUCUGAUGGGUAAGAUAGUUGUUGUGAAGGCAACAUGCCACAACAAUAACAAGGAAGUGUAUUGCCUGGUCUUGCAAAGUUGGCAUGGUUACAGUGAUGUGCACAUCAUAGUAAGCAAGAAAGAUAACAUUAAUUCUUGCAAGCAUCUUAGGAUUUGCCUUAUUAAUUUGUUUUCCCAUCAAACACAGGACAUGCAGCGAACAAUUCACCACAUUCAUACUUCUCACAGAAAUGUCUGGGAUGACUAGUGGCUUUUUCUAGGCACUGGCAGGAUACUACUAUGUUUUUUCCUUCCUAAGAUGUUAUUACUACAGCUGUAUUAUUGACUCCAUAGGACCAAUCAACUCAAUUUAUUUCUUAUUUUUUAUUUGUCUCCUUCAGAGACAUGGGCUGACUAGUAGAGCUCAUACUUCACCAGUACAGCCAUAAGUCUCAACUUAACCACACAGAUUAAAGCAGGCUUGUCCACAGCUUUGGUGGAUGCUCUUGAGCAACCAAUGUUAGCCAGCUCUAGGCAAGAGCACCAAGGCCACCAUAACAUCAUGCAGGCAGCAAAACUUUGUCUCUUGUCGUACUCAAAAAGAAAAUUUGCCACAAGUUAUAUGGUUGAAGUCAUAGAGACUGAAGAUUGCAUUACCGUAUCGUAUCAACCUAAUCAUCAACACUGUCCAAACCUCUCUGUGUGUGUGUACUAAACAUUGGAAAUUCAUAUCAUUAAUUUAUAAAAGUAUUUUUGAUAUCUGUGUUAUGCUCAAUUUUGAGUUACUCAAUUUUGAGUUUCAAAAUGAAAAAUAAUUGCUGCUAAAGGCAGCCAUUUUUGUUAUUGUAUAUAUUAUUAAUAGUGAUAUAAACCUCAUGCAAUUUCAUACACUGUUGACUGAUUAAGAUAGUGUGAUGUUCAGUCCCCAUGACCACAAGAACAGGUGCUUUCACCUGGGUAGUGAAUCUCUUUAGCAAGCACUCUAAUCUUGGGAAGCAUUGAUGCGUGUGAUAGACAAGUGAUGUGUGUAUGUGGGCACCUUGUCUCUACUAAUCUCCUUCAUAAGAAUGUCUGCUAAAUAUAUACAACUUAUUAUUAUUACUUUUAUCAAGUUUUGCAUGACCUCCCUCAGAAUUAAAUAAACUAUUAUAUGUAUUCUUGAUUUAGAUACAGUACAGGCAUACCAGUUUUGUAAAGAUUUGCUAGUUCUAUGUAUUAGUGCUGUAUUUGUACAAUAAGCCUCCUUACUGACAUUAAAUGGGUAUCAAGUAUUCUACUGCAACUGGCACAAAAAGAUAUCUACAUGUAUAGUAAUGAUAAGGAAGAUACAUAACUCCUGGACUAGCUUUUAAGUGACCAACAUGUGCCAUACACUGUUGUGUUUUGGAAUGAGAGUCCUGUAGUCAUUCUUCAUUUCCACUUGUGCUCUCUGUGCUUAACCUCUCAUAACUUGUAUUGUGGUGGAAGAUAUUUCUAUGAGUCAAAACAUUUCAUGCAGGAAAGCCAAAGCAGUAUUGAUUUGAUCAAAUAUUAUAAGGUAUUUUUUAUUCUAAAUGGAAUCAGUAAAGUGAAGAAUAGAAAACAGUAGAGGGCCAAACAAAAACUGGCCACUGUAUCCAUCACUUAAUUGUCAACAAAUCCACAGCAGCACUGUUUUAGUAAGUUGUACUCUUACUGACAUUGACAGUAAACUCACACUUGUGAUGCUGAGAUCCGUACCACAACUAUAGCCUUUGGAAUGUUGAAUUUCUAGAAUUUAAUCAAACAUUUGGCUGAUAUGUGAAAAAAUGGGACUAACCAUAUCAAUAAGAGAACAAAAUUGCUUGUUCUAUAAACCUGAGAAGUUGGGCAAUCUUUUAUGGCAGCAUAUAAAAGCCACCUAUCUCCAUUUUUUUUUAACCUUUUGCAACUCUUAAAGAUAACUCUUUACUGCAAGUUCAUGGCUUUAAAUACUACUGAAAUUAUGAUGACAGUAUUAAUUUUGCUUUGGACCCAGUCUAAAUUUGAAUCUGCUGCUCGUGUGCCAAAAGUGACAAAUCAAAGAGCCUUGUUAUGUAUAAGGCUUGGAAUUUAAUCUUCAAAUUGUUAUUUCAUAUAUUGCAUGCCACAGUCCCUCAUUGAAUUGUGUCUUAAGCACUGCAAUAAUGAAAAGACUAUGUUACUAUAAUGUCCCAACUAGUCUUGGGAUUGUCUUGAAUAAGGAGGCACUGUAAACUGAGGUUGUAUGAUGCCAUGCUUUUAGAUAAGCAGCUUUUUUUUUGUUAAUUUAUUUGACAACUGACAAUAAUAGGAUAGAUACCCUUGUUAGCUAUGGUAAAGUUAUGAACAAUGUAAAUGUAAUGCCUUGUGUUUUGAAACAGUCUACGGAGUAGCUGUGCAAGGGAGCAGCUAGGAAUCCAACCUCUGUCUAUACACUCAACACAUACAAAUUUACACUUUACCAGUCGAGCCUAAAUUAUAUUGGCCAGUCAUGAUUUUAUUAGUUCAUCUUUUUGGAGAGAGGGACAGGGAGGACAUUGCUCUAGUAGAAGUGGUUUUAUUAACUUGGUAAUGAGAUGUAAGCUACAAUAUCAUACAUCUACUGUUCAUAACUGAUGAUUGGAUUUUGUAAACUAACUUAUUUGCAUAUCAAUGUAAUGCUCAAUUUUGACAAAUACACAUAAUGUACACAGUAAUAAUAAAAGAUGACGUUACAUCUGUCACAUUCCAUGAAGCACU